AUGGUGUAUUAUAAGUAUGAUAUGGUUCCCAACAUUCUAAUCCUGCUAUUGUCAAUCUUCUUCGUCUCUUUUCAUUAUUUGAGACCCUCACAUCAGAAUACACCAACUUUGAAAACCGACCUUAGAAUGUCCUCUACCAAAUGUCGGGCCAUCAGAGCCAAACAAACUCCAGGCACAAUCACAGUCUACCAAGCCUACUCCCCCGAGAUAGCAGAUCCCGCAAUCAAAGCACAGGCUUUCGUUCCUCCGUUCUCCCGUACGAGAAUGACCUGGAUUAAACCAUCAUUCUUAUGGAUGGCGUAUCGAUCAGGAUGGGCCACCAAAGCUCGUCAAGAGCGUGUCCUUGCCAUAGAGAUUACACAUGAAGGAUUUGAAUGGGCUUUGCGACACUCCUGUCUGAGCCACCAUAUGCCCGGAGAAGAUUCAGACCAAAAGAAGUGGCAGAAAAAGCUGCGUUCCAGCCCAGUGCGCAUACAAUGGGACCCCGAGAGAGAUCUAUCUUUGCGGCCGUUGAACUAUCGGAGUAUACAAAUUGGAUUGAGUGGAGAGGCCGUGGAAAGAUACAUUGAUCAAUGA